GGACAAAUACUCGUCAACCGCAUGGCACAUCCUUCUUUCGCCAUACUCUGAGCCUGCACACAUGCUUGCACGACAUAUCGCCGGCGCGAGCUCCCGCGGUGCCCCUGCUGAUACCUUACCUCUAUUCCCGCUCACCACUCCGUCUCGUCAACUCAGCACUCUUCUUUCUUCAUUGUCAGCGCCGGUCGCCGCUCUACAGGACAUGCCAGCGCCGUGGGUCGUGUUCGAUAGCACAGUGUCCGUUGGAGGGCACUGUGGACCUGAUGCGGAUGCAGGCAUUGCUGGCGUUGGCGUGGUGAUCUCUUUCGUCCUAGCCAGCAUCAUGACUACGACCGCUUCCAUCCUCGCUAUGAUCCUCGACCAAGCUUUCGACGCUCGAGGACAGUUCACCCUACGAGCGCCGGUAAAGUACCUCAGAGAGCGCUUUCUGGAUACUGAGUGGAAGAAAGACUAUGCUUGGCGUCCGUUCUUGGAUCCUCUCAUCAUUGGAUUGGGAGACCAGCAACUCAUCACUGGCUAUGCGGUACUGCUCAGCGGUUGGAUUCAGGUUGCUCGAAACGCCUUCGAAGUCCAAGGUGCUCACUUUGUCCUCCUCCUGUACAUCUGCGCCUUGUCGUCUUCCUCUCACCUCGCCGCGCUCAUCACGCUCCGCAAAUACUUCGGCAAGUACAAACUCAUUGCGAAAAUCCGCAUGACGCUUGUCAUUUCCUUCGCGCUCUUCCUUCUCUCGUCCAUGAUCGCCGCCAUAAGCAUGCCAGAGACCAUAAUCGAAGCUGAUAACGGAGAUGUGGAGAGGCAACCCGGCGUGCGGCGACUUGCCUUCCUUAUCCCCAUGUUCUUUAUGCUCAUCGGAUUCUCGACGGCAUUGGUGAUCGGUUCAAAAAGCAGUCCGAUCACCGUCGAGGGAACGAUUGGUCUGCGUCUCGUCUACUACCUGUUCCUAAACCCCCUGAUUGCCUUCAUUGUCCAGAUCAUCCUAGCGUCACUGUCCGUCGUUCUGGUCCUGAGUCAGAAGUUCUCGGUGCCGAAGGAUCAGGAGAGAUGGUGUGGCUUGCAGGAUGAAGGGGAGAAUGUAUGGGGCUUCGGACAGACGCUGAGCGUGGUUAUGUUGCUACUGCCGGCGAUGAGCGCAGGUCAGACCUAUCUUGAGGGAAGGCAAGAUAUCCAGCGUGGGCACGAUUGA